ACCAAUGACACUGCUAUUCUCUUGUCAAAAAAUGAUAUUCGGGCAGUUGAAAAGCUAGUUUUUAAGGUUGUACACAAAACGCUGUCCAUCCAAAAGAUGCCUACAGAUUUCCAUUCCUAUGGUGUGGACCUUGUGUCAGUAAUAGUAUGGGCCAUAUGAGAACAACGCCUGUUCUCACCAGAUACUGAUAGAGUGGAGUUUAAUAUAAAACUGGAUGGACGUCCUCUUGGAGGUAAAUAUUUGUCCAGUAAAUACUUCACAAAGUAGUUAUCAAGUAAGGCAUUGUUUGCCUUGUGGGUAAGUUAUUACUGAAAUGUAAGUUUUUUAGUGGUUAGUCCCAUUUUACUACCUCUCAAUAAAUAUCAUAACAGACUUACUGGUGCUUGCAGCCAUAAGACGUCAUCAAUGAUUUUUGGUCAGUAAAAAUCGGAUCAUUAGUGAGAAAAGGUUUAAAUUCAUAUGAGAAUUUCUUAGAAUAUUGUUGAUGAUUUUACAUUAGUUUGUAAGAGCAAAUUUUUUACUGUGUUCUCUCGCUUAUGUUUAUUAUAAUUAUUCUAGG